UGUCAAAGUUAACUCUCAUUUCAAGAUCGAACACUGCUUAGCCUAUCAUUUACGUCAUACUUGUUAAUCGUCAAUAAUUUUCGGUGCAAGCUUAUUAAUUACACGUGCUACCACACAGCUUUUUUUCGUUUAUCGAAGUGUUCUUCAAGUUUUAAUGGAUUGAAAAUAUGUCAGUAUCAUCCGAACCGCCUACAAAACGUUUAAGAUCAACACCUGUAGAAGACAURAUGAUAACAAGAGGUUUGCAUCUGUAAGAAGGRCUAUAAAGCGRUUGUAAUGUUUCUACAGAGGAACGGAGAAGUGUUGGGGAACGACCUACAAAACUUCUAUUCAACAACUCCUACUAAAAAGGCMAUGGAAAGGGUACGAAAAAGGACAUCAAAAUUGCUUACCACAAGGGAAACACAAAGUAGUUCACUCGAAAAUGAAUACAAAAGUGAUUAUGAAGAUGAUGAAAACAGUGCCGAAUGUGAUGAUAUCGUUGCGCUUCGAGAUGAACUCGACCAMAAUGAUAAAAGAUACUGUGUUGAUGCGGAGGAUGGAGCRAACGGCUUUUCAUCGCCAAAACUUUUGCUAGAAAAAAUACAAACAGCGRAGCCAAAGAGUGAAACAUCUUCCUCAAAGAAACGGAAAAGGGAAACCAACAAAUCUAAAAUUGCAGGUGUCCUUGAGUCCAUGCCAGAACUCAUACAAGAAGCCACUAAAGCUGCACAGGAGCAUUCAAGAGCUCUUAAAAMAUGGGCGAAAUCCGUUGGUGAUAAUUCAGAUGAUGAAUAAUGUUUACAAUUAUUAAAAGGGACUGAGCUGUCCUCUGUGAUUCCUGUUCAUGGCCCGAUCACAAAACAUCUUUCACGGUUUCUGUUAUUGAUGCUUGUACAGUUACUGUYAACUAUGAUACAAAGGAGGGAGAGGAUAGAGUGAAAAUCAAAACCUAAACUAGACCGUGUGAAACAAAAACUGACCGUUAGAGUGUUAUAAGGUCAAGUAGUGUAAUUAUCUAUAGUCACUGGCUCAAAAAUCACUCUAAUAAUGCUAGUUUCAGUUCUUCGUUGUGAAAACAACAAUGACAAUAUAGUUAUGAACAAUUGUGYCA